AUGGAGUUUGACUACCAACGCUGGCGGGCGUGGACCACCUGGCGCGAGAGCGCGAGGGGCUCAUCACCGCCGAUCAUCGAGGGUCGGUGCGGGCGGCCGCGGCGGCGGGACUGCUGGCGAGAGUGCGAGUACCCUUCCGAGUGCCACCACUCGCGCACGAUGCGCCGCGGCAAGGUGGACGUCGGGCGGAGGUCCGUUGCCACCGUCGACGAGGAGGCGCGGCUUUCGCCGAUUAGUUCGCCGGCUCUCUCGCCAUGUCUCGGGCGGGCCGUGCCUGGUCCCGGUGUGGAAGUGAAUCAGGGCAGGCCCGUCUCCGUCGCAGGUGGAUCCCUAGAGGAGGAUGACAGCUUCAUCAGGAUGAUGGAGGGGCAGCCGGGGUUGGAGCAGUGUCAGACCACCAAUCCCGUGAUACGUACGGGCUCGCUGAUGAGCGUGCUAACCGGAAGGCUGAUGAUGGGUGGAGAGGCGAUGAUAACCCUAGGAUCCUGGUCGCGACAAGGUUGA